UUAAGUCAACAUCGUCUCAAAGUCUGUAAGCUGUUUUAUCGUGCUCACCGCGGAACAUUCCAUGAUGCUUGGCGUGUUGUCGAGACGAAACUCCAAGGCACAAACAACGAUCUUUUACCUUUGCCUUCAGGAGCGCCAGGCCGUCACCGCAACCCUUGGUCCACACACUGGCGGCGGCAGCGCAGCGCCCGUGGGUACGCCAGACACGCGGGAGUGAUGCUGCUCCGUAAGAUGUGCUCUGUCCGUCCCGCCGGCCAUUGACCUUCCCUAUCACGGUGAUAACCAACGGGCGUACGUUAUGAACGGGCCGCCGAGGGUGCGAUAGCAGUAGUAGUCAGGCCGGGACGCCGCGGGUAUACACGAGGGAGAGGCUCUGGCCGUGGCUGGUGUAAUGUGUGAGCCAGUGGGUUUUGGGUGAGGCCUGUCACGCCAUGAAGCUCGCCGCGCCCCUCUUGCUCCUGCUCCUGCUGAUGGGAGGGGCAGCCGGGGUGUGUGGGAGGCAGGGGAAGGCUACAUCGCUGGACCAGUUCAUGGAGGAGGUGCGGGGAGCGCUGGCCAGCCACUGGGAACUGCUGCAGAACCUUCGCUACCAUACGCUGGGCAUCAAGGUGCGUCUGGUCCAGCUGGAGGCGCAGAUACAGAACCUCUCGGAGCACCUGCACGCGGGGAAGGGCGGCCAGGACACAGAACCGCACGAUAUUGGGGAGCGAGGAUCUUGUAGGAAUGGGGACGGAACUAUCGGGGAUGUCGCGGAAGAAGUCGCUGAAGGAGGAGGAGGAGGAGGAGAGGUUGAUGACGAAAUGCAAGACCUGUUGGAGGCCAUGAGGAAUCUCACGGAAGUGUACUCCACCCUCGCCGCCGCUAACAGGCUGUGCGGCGGGAUAAAACCUGAAAACGACGGGAGGGCCUCGCUGGGGCCUCAUACCACAACCCUCACCACCACGCCGCCCACUGACGAGGAGGUGACGCAGGAGAGCGGGACCGAAGACAGCCUGCACACUAACGUCACGGCGGAGAUCGGCUCAACGGCUGUCCUGAACUGCCACCUCGACCGCAUCCAAGACCCAGAGCAAGUCUCAUGGAUUCGUGUGAGGGACCAGAACUGGCUGUCACAAGGGAGGCACAAGGUGGCGGCCAACGAGGCAAGGAUCUCCGUGGACUUCUCUGACGAGGCGCUCCACUACUACAGGCUGUUCCUCGAGGACGUGCGGCGCGAGGACGAGGGCGCCUACGAUUGUCACUUGUCCACCACCCCGAGUCUUCGCCGAACGAUCUGGCUGACGGUCGCUGACGCCCCUCCUUCGCCUCCCCAUCUGACGCAGCUCCCGCAGGACACGCUUACUGUGGAGGGGCAGGACGUGACUUUGAUUUGUAUGGCGUCAGGUUCCCCGCAGCCGUCUGUUACCUGGACGCGGAACAAGCUACAGGUGUCCCCCUCGGCAAGGCAUCGGAUCUCACCUGCCGGGGAUCUAACUAUCAGGGACGUGCGGAGAGGGGAUGCGGGGCGGUACGAGUGUCGCGGCGUGAACUCAGAGGGCGAGGCGAGGGGCGCGGCGCUACUGACGUGCGGCAGCCGACCAGGAUCGUGCGACCACCGGGACAGGGAGAGACUGGUGGGGACAAGGUGGUGA